GGGAAGAUGCUUGAUCAUGGUGACGCCUGGAGCACUGCGAGACACGGCGACUCUACCAACCCGCCCUACGACACAUCCCACGCACGCCAACAUAGAACCUGGCACCCGCUGCAUCUCGCCCUCGAACCUGUCUGCAGCCCCUUCCUGUCAGAACCUCUAGCCUUCUGCGCCUAGCCAACUUGUGACGUAGAGUGCCUGCUGCUACCGCUGAGCCUCACCGGCUCCACCUAGCAUCGCAGAGACAUGCGGCCUUCUCCUGCCUGACCGCAAACUAUGGCCGUCGAUGACUUCCUGAGCAGAGAUACCGAGACCUUUGUCUUGGCUCAGAAGGCGUACUAUCCGACCAAGAUCCCUAUCGCACACUAUCAACUGCGCCACUUCAUCUCGUGUCCUGAACCAGACCUCGUCUACUAUGCAAGCGGCGCCGCCGUCUACUGCCUCAAUGCGGCUACACGAACACAGGCCCACGUUACCACACUACCUUGGGAAGCGCGCUGCACGGCUUCAGGCUACGGCUACGUCUGCGUUGGGGGAGAAGAACAUGGCAACUUCGCCGCCAUCAAGGUGGCCGGCUUCCCCCCAACGGAUCCCUCCGACGUCGACGCCUCGUUGCCCUUGGACUUCCCGCACCGCCUGCCUCGACCGCCCAUACUAGGUGCAGCUUCGCGCGUGCGCCUCGAGAAGAUUGGAACCGAUAUCGUCAACUCCAUAUCCAUACACAAGCUGCCAGCUGAAGGCAACGGUCAGGAUGAUGUCGUCGCAGUCCUCACCAACAACGACAAGACGGUGCGCAUAUACUCUCUGGUCCAGAAUCUGGAGCUGGCAGUGCUUGACUUGGACUUUGCAAUGAACCAUGCUUCCAUUUCUCCCGAUGGCCAAAUGCUCGUGGCUGUCGGUGACGCCCCCAUUGGCUUCUUCUUUGAACGUACAGAUUCUCAGAAGCCUAGCAAUAAGAUACGCGAGGGGCAGAUGCAGUCGACGCCUCCGGUAUGGACGGAACUACACAGAGUAGACCUCUACCGGCCCGCUCAUUCCCAUGCAGAUGGCUACUUUACUACAGCUUGGUCACCCUCUGGACGUCUCUGCGCAGUGGGAUCAGAAUGCGGCUACAUCACAGUUUUUGAUAUCGAAUUGUUAAAACUCGUCGAAUUUGGUGAAGACGCGAUCCUACAGUUGAUAAGUUCUACUAGACCGGACAGCCGAACUGGGCCCGGCGCGGUGCGGACGAUGCAUUUUUCGCCAGCACCGUGGGACUUCCUCAUCUGGAGCGAAGACCAAGGUAGGGUGUGCAUUGCCGACCUGCGAGCUGGCCUCAAGCUUAAGCAAACCCUCGUAUUGGAUCCAAAAGAGGAAGGCCUCGAGACUGUCGAGAUAGCUGAUUUUGACCUCAACCUCAGUCCUGAAAUGCAUGAGCCCCGCAGAGAAGCCGAUCUGAUCAGGAGAUAUCGACGCGCGUUAGAUGGAGAAAGCAAUACGACGACCGCCAAUGUCGCGAACGAAUACCUUGAAACGGACACUGAGCGACAGAGGCUACAUCGACGACUGGGUGUAGUAGAGUCGGACAACGAUCCACUUGGCUUAACUGUGCGUGAAAGUAUCAACUAUACAACUUCUGAGCGACUCAACACCGUACCGUAUCCUACAGCUCGAGAGGUAGCUGACGCGAUGGCUCGCUUCAUGGCAGAGAGGACUGGGCAAACUCACUCACGUAACUGGCUUCAAGAGCGCACAACACCGCUCCGACGGGCUUCCGUCAUCGUCUCCAUAAACGAAGGCACGGUCAAUGCACCAGCUGCCCUCACCAAUAUCACUGACUCUGUCCUUACCCGCUCGCCAAACGCGGUACCGGCACAUGCGCGUCGCGUGACCAACGAGAUAGUUGCCUCGACAGAUGAAGCGUGGCGCACCGUUCAAGAUGCACUGGCUGCUGAGCAGGACCGCGCUACAACCCGCGCUACUAAUGCACAUGCGCCUGGAGCCGACAGCCAUGCUACUGCGCCUGAACUUCGCAGUGAGCUUCGUCGAAUCCGUCAACUGACGCAGGCGCGUGAACGUCUUCGCAUCACCCGUGCUGGCCAGCCUAUCCUUGAAUCCUACGAGUUCAGCCUAGGUCUCCGAGGCUCAAGCCGAACGACGCACGAUGCGAGACUAGGCGUACGGACGGCGGGACUGGCCAUGAGCCAGGAUGGACGGACUCUGUAUUGUGGCACAGAAUUAGGCAUCUUCGAGUUCAAGAUGAACCUUCACGUGAGGAAGGCGUUCCCUGCAAUUACUCCCCGAUGAUGGAUUAUUAUUCGCACUUGCGGAGGUUUCAAACUGGAUUCCUUACUAUCGUUGUAUUCAACGCUCCCGCAGUUUUUGAGCUCUUAUGAGACGGUCCGGCAUUUGGUCCGGCGAACAGGUUUUGGCGCACAGCGUGCUUGAUGGGAAUGGUAAUUGUGUUGUAAGGCCAGCUUUGUCGCAUUAAGUAUACCCGUAUAAUCAGAUAGUCAAAAGCAUCCAGGUAAUUUCGACAGGCGUAUUGUUGUGGAUUCUUUGUCUGAAUCCGGGGUAAAGGCCCACGACGCCCGUAGUUCGGAGGCGAGAUAGUGCGGGCGAUGUUCGGAGCGAGGGAAAUCUGCCGAUUUGUCGUCGAUGGCGCAA